AUUUAAUAGUAGUGAAUGAUUUUACAAUAAAAUAUGAAAAAUAAGGAAGAUAAAUUGAAAUGAACGAACAAAAGUCCAAGAAGAUUAGUGGCAUACACCAGCACCCAUCGGGAGCCCCAUUGCGGCGAGUGUCCUUCUCCAAGCCAUCCAAGAUCUCCAAAUCGCCGUCUUCUUGGCAGACCAGCGGACCUGCAUACGAUGCUGUAGCUAUAUCUAAAUUGGCUCCAAUGCCUCGUGACGUCCCUCUUUCUCGGCCUUCAAAAUCUUCUUUGAAAAAUCCAACACACAACAAAACCAUAGGAGUAAGCACAAGAAACAAAAAUUCUGAUGCGACCUCCUCCACGACGGUAGACUCUCGUCGACGGUUACAUGACCCUACUCCAUCGCACCUCAAAUAUGGCACUUUCAGGAGGGUGUCACAUCCUCGGCAAUACCCAGAAGACCCGUUACUGAGCCCGAGAUGUGAAUCCAAACCGAUCGUCGUGGCUCGCUCUAGUUUCAUAAAGACUCCUCAUAAGAAGAGGCCUACAUCGCCUAACCAGUCGCUGAAGACUGACAGGAGCAGUGUCAAGCCUCCCGGCUGCACAACGCCUCCACCAAUUCAGCGGCCCAUGAGAAGAGUCCAUCUCUCGCAGACAGUGCCUAUACACAUCGAUAUAAAACCGAAGAAAUUCCCGUCCAUGAUGUGGUGUUAGAAUAACAAGUUUACUAGU